CAGCCCCAGAGACUUGUGCACAUUUCAUAAUUUGACAAGCACCUCCCUAUUUCUGUGGUCUCUCAGAUUGAUGUUCUCGUCUCUUAGGCAGGGGGGAAGGUUUUAGGAUCAAUGGCAUUUUCUUCUGUUCAGUAAUAUGUGAAAUAACAGCACUCCUUCCUCUCGUGGUGUGUUAGAUGUGAGGAAGUUCAAUCCAGGUCGUUGCAGAUGUUAACUGGGGUCACACUUGAGGGGACCCUGUGCCAUUCAUCAUCUCCUGUCAGCCCAGCUUUGCAACCUGGCUCCGCCCUUGUGCUGACACCGUCCUUCCUUUCAGAGGUCGCAUACUCCUUGCAACUGAGGAGUUUGUGGAGUAGGCUGCAUGAGAGCAGAGUCAUGGCCAUGGGAGAUUUUCCUGCCUUCUCAACAACUAAGAACUUUAGAAAGCAAAGUUAUAAACUUGUUUUUAUUUAUUUAGAGAGAGCAUGGGUAGGGGUAUGGAUGGGAGAGGGAGAAACAGGCUCCCUACAGGGAACCUGAUGUGGGGCUUGAUCCCAGGACCCUGGGAUCAUGACUUGAGCUGAAGGCAGAUGCGUAACUGACUGAUUAACCAGGCGCCCUGUAAAUCUCUUUCAAACUAGAAAUUCCACUAGGGGUAUGGGUGCAUUUUUAUAACUUUGACAAGCUGCAUGUGAAAAUCUCAGGCCUGGUACCCAGGCCCAGCCUACAAGACAACCUCUGCCUCCCUGCUGAUCCGUGAGGGGCUCACCACCCUUUCCCAUCUUCACGCCUUGGUCAUCCUCAGCAGUCUGUCCGUGUCCAGCUUCCCCAUCAGGAGGAGUGUGGACCACAGCCCAAGGAAAGCCCUGGGUUCCAAAGCAGGGAAAGGGCAGGGACCAUCUGUGAAUGCCUGUGAGUGUCACAUGGGCCCUGAGCACAGACUAAGGUGUAUGGAAGUGUAGGGGUGCCAGAACCCACCGGGCAGAGGGGCUGUUGUGAUCACUUGGAAUCCCUGAGACCGUUUGAGGCAACCGGGAGGCAAGAACUCUGGACUUGGGAUUUGUUUCCUGGGAAUGAUACUUGGGGUGCUCAGGGCAGAGAUCUGUGAUCCCCUGCUUGAGAGAGGUGCUAGGGGCACUUGUGGCUGUACUCUAAUGAGGGCUUCAAGAGUCUGAUCCAGCUUCCAAGGUCACUGGGGCUGCCCCAGACCAGGGGUCUCCAGCCCUAGAGCAUUGGGGGAACUUAAGAUCCCACUGGAGUAAGGCCUGCCAUCAGGCCUCUCCACCAGGGGGGGCACCAUGGAUCCAGUGGAGCCUGUAUGGGUUCAGGGGUCCAAGAGGCCCCUGGGCAGGGAAGUCGCUGCGUCGCGGAGUGUAGAAGAUUCAGGGACAGGCGCCCUGGAGAGUGAGUGUGCUGGGGCUCUGGAGCCGCGCAAAGAUCUGGCGAGGAGAACCCUGGCUGGCAUGGAGCCAUGAGGUGUCCAGGUCUGGGAUGGUCGCACCAGAAUCCCUGGACCCACAGCAUCUCCCGAGUCUCGGUCAGGGCGCGUAGAGCCUCGGGGCGUGGCCAACCGGCCGAGGUGUGGCCGGGGGCGGGGCCUCUGCUGAGCAGGGGCGUGUUUGGUCGCGGGGCGUAGCCUGCGCUGGGCGGGGCUACGCGGAACCCGGGCGGCGGCGGCCGCGGCAGGAAAUCGGGGCAAGGCCCCGCCAGCGCGAGAUCCCGUCCCAGUCCCGGUCCCCGCCGAGAGAUCCUCGGACCGGGCCAUGGACGCAGCAGAGCCGGGGCUACCCCUGGCUCCAGAGAGCAGGAAGAGGUACAGUGACAUCUUCCGGAGCCUGGACAACCUCGAGAUCUCCCUGGGGAACGUGACCCUUGAGAUGCUGCCUGGAGACCCCGUGCUCUCAGGAGACCCAGAGUCUGACAAGACCUCCACAGCCACUGAGACCAGGGAAACCAGACGUUGGAGUGGCCCCUCCCUGGAGGGUCCUGCGCCCCUUACAGGGGAAGAACUGGACUUGAGGCUCAUUCGGACCACGGGGGGCGUGGACGCAGCUCUGGAUUAUGCCAAGACCUGGAGCCGCUAUGCCAAGGAGCUGCUGGCCUGGACGGAGAAGAGAGCCAGCCUUGAGCUAGAAUUUGCCAAAAGCAUCAUGAAGAUCGCCGAGGCUGGCAAGGUGUCAAUCCACCAGCAGAACCACAUGCCACUGCAAUACAUCUACACCCUGUUUCUGGAACACGACCUCAGCCUGGGAACCCUGGCCAUGGAAACAGUGGCCCAGCAGAAAAGAGAUUACUACCAGGACUUGAGCGGGGGCAAGGCGCUGAGUGUUCCCAGGAAGAGAGCUUUGGCAUCUCUGGGUCCAGGCUUUAGAAAGGAUGAGGUGGAGAGCCGGUGGCCCCUGGCAGCCAAACGAAAUGAGAUUGAGAAGUGGCGGAAGGAGUUUAAGGAGCAGUGGUUGAAAGAGCAGAAGCGGAUGAAUGACGCAGUGCAGGCUCUGCGGAGGGCCCAGCUCCAGUAUGUACAGCGCAGCGAGGACCUGUGGGUUCGCUCCCAGGCGUCUCCCGAGGACCCGGCACCCCAGGCCUCGCCGGGGCCCAGCAAACAGCAGGAGCGGCGGCGGCGAUCUCGAGAGGAGGCCCAGGCCAAGGUGCAGGAGGCCAUGGCGCUGUACCAGACCUGCGUCCGCGACGCCAACGUGCGGCAGCAAGACCUGGAGGCCGCCAAGCAGCGGAUCGUGUCGCAUGUGCGCAAGCUGGUGCUGCAGGGGGACGAAGUGCUGAGGCGGGUGACCCUGGGACUGUUUGGGCUUCGAGGGGCGCAGGCCGAGCGUGGCCCCCGCGCCUUCGCCGCCCUGGCGGAGUGCUGUGAGCCCUUCGAGCCCGGCCAGCGCUACCAGGAGUUCGUGAGGGUGCUGCAGCCCGAGGCCCCACCACCCGCUCCGCCUGCCUUCUCCUUCCAGGAGUUCCUGCCCACUGCGCACAGCUCUCCCCUGGACUCAAGAAAGAAGCUCUCCUGCCCCCCACCCCCUCGGCUGGAUGAAAGUGCAGCGGAGGCAGGCCCUUGGGCCGAGGCAGGCUGGCAGGGAACUCCAGGCCUGACUCCAGGCAGCGACAUGGACAGUGUGGGCGGUGGCAGCGAGUCUCGGUCCCUGGACUCUCCCACUUCCAGCCCAGGCUCUGGCACAAGGCGGUUGGUGAAGGUCUCAUCCACAGGCACCGAAUCCUCAGAUGACUUUGAGGAGCGAGACCCUGACCUGGUAGAUGGGCUGGAGAAUGGUCUAGGAAGCCCCUUCAGGAAGUGGACGCUGUCCAGCGCGGCCCAGACCCACCGGCUGCGGCGGCUUCGGGGCCCAGCCAAGUGCCGCGAGUGUGAAGCCUUCAUGGUCAGCGGGACCGAGUGCGAGGAGUGCUUUCUGACCUGUCACAAGCGCUGCCUGGAGACUCUACUGAUCCUCUGUGGACACAGGCGGCUCCCAGCCCGGACGUCCCUCUUUGGGGUCGACUUCCUGCAGCUGCCCAGGGACUUCCCGGAGGAGGUGCCCUUUGUGAUAACCAAGUGCACGGCCGAGAUAGAACAGCGUGCCCUGGGUGUGCAGGGCAUUUAUCGGGUCAGCGGGUCCCGGGUCCGUGUGGAGCGGCUGUGCCAGGCUUUUGAGAACGGUCGAGCAUUGGUGGACAUGUCAGGAAACUCACCUCAUGAUGUCUCGAAUGUUCUCAAGAGAUUCCUCCAGGAGCUCACUGACCCCGUGGUCCCCUUCCACCUCUACGACGCCUUCAUCUCUCUGGCUAAGACCCUGCAUGCAGACCCUGGGCACGACCCUGGGACCCCCAGCCCCAGCCCUGAGGUUAUCCGCUCGCUGAAGACCCUCUUGGUGCAGCUGCCUGCCUCUAACUACAGCACCCUGCGGCACCUGGUGGCCCAUCUGUUCAGGGUGGCUGCACAGUUUGAGGAAAACAAGAUGUCUGCCAACAACCUGGGCAUUGUGUUUGGGCCAACGCUGCUGCGGCCACCGGACGGUCCAGGGGCAGCUGGUGCUGGCCCUGUCACCUGCCUACUAGACUCUGGGCACCAGGCCCAGCUCAUCGAGUUCCUCAUUGUAUACUACGAGCAAAUCUUUGGGAUGGACGACCUCCCCGUGGCCACUGAGCCCCCGCCUCAAGACCCCAGUCCAGCCCCUGGGCCCCUCAUAAACAACAACCCCCAGCCACCGCCCUCCUACCUUGCUCCAGAUCCCCUGUCCCCAGUCCUAGCCUCGGACUCCGACCCAGACCCUGAGCCCCACGGUACCUUGGAGAAGCAUCCUGAGGCCACGCCUCCUGAGAUUCCAACUCCACAGAGUGACCAGAGAGAAGUGGCUGAGGACACCAAAGAGGAGGGAGGGGAAGUGUCCAGCCAAGGUCCAGAGGACUCACUCCUGGGGACACAAUCCCGUGGCCACUUCAGCCGUCAGCCAGUGAAAUAUCCCCGGGGCGGCGUGCGGCCUGUCACCCACCAGCUGUCCAGCUUGGCCCAGGUAGCUUCCAAAUUGAGCGAGGAGACCCCUGUCACAUCAGUGACCCGAGGGAGUUUGCGGAGGCGGGGACCUGGCCCCGCUGCUGCCUCCUCCUCGCCUGAGGGCAGCCCUCUGCGCCGCACCCCGCUGCCCAAACAUUUUGAGAUCACCCAGGAGACAGCCCGGCUACUCUCCAAGCUACACCAUGAAACUGUGCCCAAGGCCACCUGCUGCCCAGACCCCCAACCCGAGGAAGCCGAGGACCAUCUCUGACCAUCCCAGCAUUCUGACUGAGGGGAAAGGACUAAGAAGGUGUUCAGUGUUGGGGGUUCUGGAGAGUUCCUGUAAGGAAAGACUACAUGGCCUGGGGGACUAAAACCCUUUUUGGAGCAAUAUACCAGGAUCCCCCCCCCCCCCCACUAGACAUAGGUCACUGCCCAUCAGGGCCACUCAGGUUCAGAGGUGAAUCAGGGUCAGUACUCAGGGUCAAUACAAGUCAUGGGAUCCUUGGUGUCCACCCUAGUCCCUGACCCCUGGAACAGGGGUGCCUUUUGCUACUUUGGUGGCCACUCCCCCACCUCUGCCUGCUUCCUUUGCUGACCUCAGGUAACCAGCUCUUGGAGGGUGUGGGCAGCCCAGACUCAACAUUCUGGUGGUACCUGGGGUCUGAUGGCCUGGGAAUAAACCGUGUCCUUUAUA